CCCUGCGAACCCAAGCGGGAACAACAGCUCGUUCGGCAGUUGCAAGAUUCGAGCCGGUGCAGCGUGGCGUGUGGGAUGGCGGGGGAAAGCACUUCAGAUGGAGAAUUGCAAGAACCAAAGAGCGAGAAAGAAACAGAAUGCGAAAGUCUGCAACCUAAUUCUGAAGAACCAGCCAUCUGGCCACAGGUGGCAGGGACGGCGGCGGGGGCCCUCGCUCAGCUGGGAGUCGGGAUCGCCAACGCCUUCUCCGGGGUGAUGCUGCCGCAGCUGACCGGCGCCGGGGCACGGGAUCUUGUCCUGGACGAGCAGCAGGUGGCUCUUUUCAGCAGCCUCGUGUUCCUCGGCUCGGCCGUCGGGUGCCUGCUGUGGACGCUGCCCAUGGCGUGGAUGGGCCAGCGGUGGUCCAUGCUGGUCCACCUGCCCGUGUUCCUGGCGGCGUGGCUCACCCACGCCCUCGCGCCCUCCGUGUGGCUCCUGCAGACGUCCCGCUUCUUCCUGGGCGUGAGUGCCGGCGUGAUCGAGGCCGCCUCCUACAGCUACGUGACGGAGCUGGCGCACAGCCGGGUGCGGGGGCAGCUGGUGGGCACGGCGGACACGGUGCGGCAGCUGGGCGUGCUGAUGGUGUAUUCCCUGGGGAGCAGCAGCCUCAGCUGGAGGCAGGUGGCGCUCAUCUGCGGCUGCGUGACGACGAUCCCUGUGGGCGUCGGGCUCCUCCUGCUGCCGAACUCGCCCCGCUGGCUGGCCACCCGAGGGCGCAUGGACGAGUGCAGGGCGAGCCUGGCGUUCUUCCGAGGCGCUCGCUACGACUGCACUUCCGAGAUGGAGGCCGUCGUCAGCCAGACGAAGGACGACGGCAAGGACGACGCCAGGAUCUUCCAGCAGAUCCGGCGGAUGAGGGAGCCGCACACCCUGAGGGUCUUCGGCCUCCUCGCCUUCCUCAUGUUCUCCGUCCAGUUCACGGGGAACAUCGUGGUCCUCUCCUACGUCGUGCCGAUCUUCAACGCCGCCAAGGUCGACAUUAGCUCCUACAUGAGCGCCAUAGUGGUCGCGGGCGUGAGGAUCGUCGGCACAGUCUUCUCUCUCUCCGUCGUCGACCGGCUGGGGCGGCGGCCGGCGCUGGUCACGGCCUUCCUGCUGUGCUCCGGGUCCCUCUUCCUCCUCGGGAUGUUCUUCUUCCUGCAGAAGAGCGGCGUGAGCAUGGAAAAGGUCGGCUGGUUCCCCGUGCUGACGAUGAUGGUGUUUACCUUCGUGACGUGCGUGGGGCACCCCGUCCUGAACCUCGUGCGCGGGGAACUCCUGCCAACCGCGGUCCGAAACGCUGCCAAUUCCUUGCUCUUCUUCAUCUUCUUCUGCGGGAUGUUCUUGGCCUCCCACUCUUACCCCGCCACGGCAUCGACCCUGGGGGAGGAGGGGGCCUUCUGGAUGUACGGCGGCGUGUGCCUCGUCAUCGUGGCCGCCGUGGUGGUCUUCAUCCCGGAGACUCGAGGCAAAGUCCUGGAGAACAUCGCCAAGAAGGGAGACGAGAACAAGAUUUUGACGUCUCCGGAGCUCGACGACGCUGGACCAUAAGAACAUGACAGAUCAACUUUGUUAUAAUAAGAGUGUAUGAGAGAAAGAAGAGCACUUUGCAUGUAUACUAUAGAGUGUGUGAGGGAAAGACGCCUCCUUCCCAUUUAACUAUUUUAAGUAAUAAUUUUAUAUCAUUCCAUGCUUGAUGCCAUAGCAUAGUCAAGCUGUCCUUUGAUUUGCAUUUUUAUAA